AUGUCUGACAUUCAAGAAGCUACUAAACAACUCCUAGAUGUGAACCUUCAUGAGAACCAGAGAUCUGUACAAGUGACAGAAAGUGACCUCAGAAGUGAGUCUGAACUUCUAGUCACUAUCGGAGCCACCGUACCUACUGGCUUUGAGCAAACAGCAGCAGAUGAAGUGAGAGAGAAAUUGGGGUCAUCAUGCAAAAUCAGCAGAGACCAUAGCAAGAUAUAUUUUGUCAUUUCACUGGAAAGUCUGGCUCAGGUUCAUUGUUUGAGAUCAGUUGAUAACCUAUUUGUGCUUGUUCAGGAGUUUCAAGAUUACCAGUUCAAAAAAACAAAGGAAGAAGUUCUAAAGGAUUUUGAAGACUUGGCUGGAAAACUUCCAUGGUCAAACCCUUUAAAAGUAUGGAAAAUCAACACCAGUUUUAAGAAAAAAAAAAUAAAACACACAAAGAUAAAUCAGCAUUCAAGUAAAGGGAAGAUUGAUAAUGGAAAAGACAACAAAAUAGAUGAGACAGGUAUUAAAAAAGAGUUCACUGACAAUGCUUUAGAUUCACAUAUCUUAGAUUAUUAUGAAAAUCCAGCCAUCGAAGAGGAGAUAUCAACACUAGUAGGUGAUGAUUUGGCAUCUUGUAAAAAUGAGACUGAUGAAAGCACAAGACAAGAAACUGAGCCUCAAAUGCUGAAGUUUAGAGUCACGUGCAACAGGGCAGGAGAGAAACACUGCUUUACCUCAAAUGAGGCUGCAAGAGAUUUUGGAGGUGCUAUUCAAGAUUAUUUUAAGUGGAAGGCUGACAUGACCAACUUUGAUGUGGAGGUUCUUUUGAACAUCCAUGAUAAUGAAAUCAUCGUGGACAUUGCACUAACUGAAGGGAGUCUCCACCCAAGAAAUAUCACACAUUUUGGACCUACAACUCUUAGAUCAACUCUUGCCUAUGGGAUGCUCAGGCUCUGCGAUCCUCUACCUUAUGAUAUAAUAGUCGAUCCAAUGUGUGGAACAGGGGCAAUACCAACAGAGAGGGCUACUGAAUGGUCUGACUGUUACCAUAUUGCUGGUGAUAAUAAUCCACUGCCUAUAGAUAGAGCAGCAAAUAACAUCUCAUCUUUAUUGACCAAGAGCCAAAUUAAAGAAGGCAAACCAUCCUGGGGCUUGCCCAUAGAUGCUGUUCAGUGGGAUAUCUGCAAUCUGCCAUUAAGAACGGGCUCUGUGGACAUUAUUGUAACAGAUUUGCCAUUUGGAAAGAGGAUGAGCUCCAAGAAGAGAAACUGGAACCUUUAUCCAGCUUGCCUACAGGAGAUGGGCCAUGUCUGUACACCUGCAACAGGCCGAGCUGUACUGCUUACUCAGGACAUGAAAUGCUUUACGAAGGCAUUAUCUGGAAUGUGACAUGUAUGGCGGAAGGGGGAUACAGUUUGGGUGAACAUUGGGGGUCUUCGUGCUGCAGUUUAUGUUCUGGGACGUACGCCCCAACCUUUUGUUCAUCCUUCAGAACAAGAUGGAGAAAGAGGAACUCCUUGGUAAUGCAAAGAAUAA